AUGAAGUUUCAUGGCACUGUUGCCGUCCUGGGGGCAUUCCUUUUUCGGCCUCAGGGUGUCAUGGCAAGUAUUUGCCAGGACUUUAUCGUUCCGGUGGACAUUUCAGCAGUCAACAGCGUUUUCGACUUUGCCCUUCCCACUUCUAGCAUUGAUGUCACAAACUUGAUGAUCAACCUCAGCCGUCAAGGUUCUUAUUACCCUAGCACAAUAACAUCAAACACCACAUCGCUUUCAGGCAUAUUCAAGAUCGCGGUAACCUACUGCCGUCCCAAUCGCGGCCAUAGUGACACUAUACAGGUGCUGACCCAUGGUAUCUCAUUUGAUAGAAGUUACUGGGAUUAUCCAUUCCACGGCGGUAACUACUCGUAUAUGAAAACAGCAGUCGACGACAACGGCUUCAGCACUCUAGCUUGGGAUCGCUUCGGCAUCGGCAACUCUCAACAUGCAGAUCCCCUUGCUACUGUACAAUCUCCACUCGAACUGGCCGCCCUGAAAGCAUUGACAGAAAUCCUCCGGUCUGGGUCCUUCGGCCCAUUGCCCUCGUUUUCAAAAGUCGUUCAUGUCGGCCACUCGUUUGGAUCCAUCCUGUCAUAUGGACUCGCACGCGACAAUCCAGAAUUGUCUGAUGGCCUUGUCCUCACAGGCUUUAGCCAGAACGGAUCAUUCAUACCCUUAUUCUUCGCGGGCAGCAACAUGAUUCCUGUGUCUACUUCGCUUCGCGCGGGCCAGUACGAGGCAGGCUACCUCAUGACCGGGGCACCGAUGGGCCACCAUAUCACCCAGUUUGGGCCCGGCGACUUCGAUCCAACGAUUCUUGACUACGUCUAUAAGACUGCGCAGCCCGUUGCUGUAGGCGAACUGCUCACCCUAGGCCAGCCGAUGGUGGGCCUCAAUAAGUUUGCUGGCCCUGUUCUUAUUAUCACAGGCGAGCGAGACGCAGCCUUUUGCGGUUCAGACUGCCGUGCCACUGGUGACCCGUCAUUGCCCAGCAUUCCUGACGCGUGCAGGGCGAAUAUGCCGGACGCCAAUCCUUUUGAAGCCAUCAUCGUUCCCAAGGCAGGACAUGCUCUCAAUCUCGGGUAUUCCCACGAUUUCACAUACAAGGCUAUUAAUGAGUUUCUCACUACCAAUGUGCCUAGCGCCGUGAGGAUGGUUUGA